AUGAAGAUUGAUAAUCCCUUUACAAAGUGCUCUAAGAAGGUGCGAAGCGAAGGAGAGACCGGAGAAGGGAGGUUGGAGAUUCGCGGUAUAUCCGCCAGGGAUUCCUUACUCCUAUAUAAGACGCGGCACAUCGUAUUUUGGAAUAUUAUCGUACUCUCUGACUGCAAACCAGACAGAUACACGAGCUCCAAGAUGUUCAAGCUGUUGUGCUUAGUCGCUUUCCUGGCAUUCGCCGCGGCUGCGCCCGCACCGGCGCCCGCACCCGCGCCAGCACCCGGAGCCAUCAUCAGCCCUCUUGUGACAUCUUACAACGCUCCUCUUCUUUCCGCUCCGUUGGCUUACAGCGCUUACAGCCUACCGACAUACAGCGCGUAUUCGGCGAUCCCGGCCUUGCCGUACGGAUAUAAGAGCUAUGCGGCCUUGCCGUACGCCUUGUAAGAGCUGUGCGUAGCCCGUGUGGCCUAAUCGGAGAUAUGCAUCGGAGGACCAGGCAUCGCAGAGACCAAGGACUCAUCUUCAUGGAUAUUUCACAAAAUCAAAAUUAAAUUAAUCAAAAUUAAAAAUCGCUCGCCAAAUCUCUUCGAAAAAUCGUGAAUCCCGGCGCGAUUCACCCUCUUCCCAUUUUCUCUUCAUCUCCCCCGUUUGGAUAAUUUCGCAUCCAAGAUUCAGAAUCAAUAAAGUCGCUUGAAAGCAA